GGUCUGGAGGGGUGGUGAGAAUUGCCUCAUUUAGGGGUACCCCUAUGAGGCAGGCGGCCGGUAAGUGGUGUCUAUGUGUGUUAGCGGCCGGUGAGAACCAAGCUGGAGCCUGGUAUCGAAGAUCAGCCAAAGAAUACCGGUACUAUGGACACACCGCCUCAUCCCGUCAAACUUUAUGUUUACGACCUCUCCCGGGGGCUGGCUCGACAGUUUAGCCCCAUCAUGCUCGGAAAACAACUUGAUGGAAUAUGGCACACUGCAAUAGUUGUUAAUGGAGAGGAGUUCUUCUAUGGGUCAGGUGGAAUUGCUAACUGCCAGCCAGGAGGGACUUUACUCGGGCCACCUGACACUGUCAUUGAUCUGGGGACCACUGAAGUGACUGAGGAGUUAAUCAUGGAAUAUUUAUCCUCUCUGGGAGAGUCAGCAUUCAGGGGAGAGUGCUACAAACUGUUUGAACAUAAUUGCAAUACGUUCAGUAAUGAAGUUUCCCAAUUCCUCACUGGGAAGAAGAUUCCGUCGUAUAUCACUGACCUGCCUUCUGAGGUCUUAUCAACCCCUUUCGGCCAACUCAUUAAGCCCAUCCUGGACUCGGUUCAGAUUCAGCCAGUGGGAGGAAGCAGCAUCAACGAUCAGAAUCCAAGCUAGUAACAGCAGCCCAGAGAGCUGAGACUGUGGAGCCAUGUACAGUCACUGCAUAUCACUGAACUAUACAAUGAUUUUCCAAAAAAGAGAUUUCCCUUCAAGCAUCUUUCAUCUUGUAUCUAACUUAAAGUAGAAUGUUGAAAAGUGGUAGAAAAGCGUUUUUUAUUUUUAAAUCCAUUGAAACAUGCAUCUAAUACAAAAGUACUGAAUUCUACAGUGCAAUAGAUCAGGUUGUUGUCAGCUCCCUUUUGUCAACUCUCUUUAAAUAACCAUAGCAAGCAGCAGUUGUCAUGAGAGAUUGAUUCCUUGCUUCUUUCGCAAUGUAUUUAGCCAGCAAACACCCCUCCCACCUCCACCGUCAACUCUUCUGAAAGAGGCCACCAGCAUGGAAACCUUACCAGUGUUUUCCUCACUGUUAUGCCAACAUCAUUGCCAACAUAUUGACCAAUUCAAGGGAGAGUGUUUCUAGUGUCAUCAGAGUUUGUUUAGGAUAGCUGUGUUGUAUGUGGGAGGGAAAAGUAUACUUCAGUCACAGUGCUUUUCAUAUCAUGCUAUAGUCUGACUUGCGCACUUCAGAUUGCUGCCUAUCCUUGCCUAACUUCAGAAUCCACCCACAUUCAGGAGGAGAGAAUUUGUAACUUAUCACAGUCCAGCUCAAUACGGUCGGAGGAUUUCCCCUUGCUCAGCCUCCCACUCUGCUUUUGGAAGUCUCCAGCUUCCAUGUGCCUGUUUCUUCUGGUACUUGGCAGUUAGCUGUUGUUUUAAGUGUCAAUGAACUUUCUUGGUGCUGUUAACAGCAUGUUUCCCCAGGGUAUAGUGUAUCUUGGCUGCAAUUGAAAGAAAUGUUGGGUUUAUUUUCUUUCACCUGAUCAAAUUGGACCCUUUUCUGUGUAGAUAAAACUUGAGCUGAAAUCCUGAGUUCCAAUUUCAGAUUACUUCAGUCUUAAAGCAUUCACUUUGUUUCUUCCAGCAAAUAGUUGCCCUGUCCUCCUGCUUGUCCAGAAUGUGAUACUGGACAAUGCCUUCACAGGGCCACAGAGACCUAUCCUUGUCAGCUGGCCACAUGGGGAAUGGUGAGUGCAGGCAGCUUCUUGGACUUCAGAGCCCUUGCUUGCAUCCAUGAACAAGUUCUUGCCAUUAAUCCCUACAUAUCUAUUUUCCCACACAGAUACAGGCCAGCAUUCAGGAACAUGAUUCCUGGGUGGUAUGUGUACUCUCUGUCUCUCCUCAUCCAUGAGGUUGUAUCUCUGCAUUCUUCACACCCAUCCCAUUUGUGACCAAGUAAUUCACAACGUGGGGAAUAUAACAGCUCUUUUCUGUACAACUCAGUAUAGGCCAUCCCUGCCUUAAGGACCAGAGUCUGCCCCAAUGUCACUGGACAGAACAGCAAACUCCAAGGGUUCAAACUUCUCCAGCCCAUCGCGUUAUCCCAAUGGUAUGGGUUGUUACAGCAUACAAACUCCUCUACUGCAGUGAUGUCCAAUAUGUUAGUCAAAAGACUUCACUUUGGGUGUGACGUCAAUCGUUAAAUUUCCAUGGCAUGUGCAUGUGAACUUUAACCUUUUUACCCAAUUAAUUCUCAUGAAGCAUGAAUGUUUUGCUUGGUUUGUGCUUUACUUCCCUAGUUACUGAAUGGUGGCAGAUAUUUGUUAAGCAAGCCUAUUGUAUGAGGUGCAUUUCCUUUUUAUUUGAGUGUAUAUAAGGUGUCUUGUUCGGCUACAGUUAGAACGUGGCCAAAAUGGUGUUGCUGUUACCACAUCCUGUGUAACUGGGCAGCUGUUUCUCUUGGAUAACCCUGGUUCAGACAGUGAAAGAUGCUGAGUGCUCUCUCCCUCUCCCAUGCUCUCAAUAUAUCUGUUUAUUGUAACUCACUGAUGUUGUGAUGUCUCAGUGAUGUAGGCCGCUAAGGCACUGAAAAUGAGGUCCUGUAGUUUGACGUCUGCUCACCUCUUCCAUAUCUUAGGGAUACCAAUUCAGUUUCCUGUAUUAACAAGUCAGCUACAAGAUUCUCCACAGUGCGGGGCGGAGUUUGAAAACUUAUCAUUGCUGUGAUAUGAGAAGCUUUCCUGUGUUAGUGUUAUUUUGUGGGAAUUGGAGUGUGAUUUUUGAACCCUUACCCUGCUCAAUUGGAUAACUUCACCCAGUUGGAUGCCUUUCCAAUGUAAAAUCAAGUGCAGAAUACCAAGCCGGUCUGUUGCUCGAACUUUAGCCCUCCAGCAGAACAUCUUCACUUAGGCUAAAGCCCUGAAAUCUCAGAAUGCAGCUUGGGUUUAAUAUAGUCUAAUUGUACUCGUUAAUGUUGUUUGGUAGUAAAGUUCUAUAAUUUUGUCUAUAUUGAACUGUUGGAUUGGGAAUUUAAACUGAGUUUAAUAUUGGAGACUUCCCUGCUUGAGAAUUUUCUCCCAGUAACCCUGCUGUUGCGCGGUCAGGGGUUGAUCUUCUCCCAAGUCGUCAGCAGUUGGCUUGGAAUACGAAAACAAAAAUAACUGAGUGCAGUGUCACAGUUGCUUGGUGACUUUUUCAGUCUUUUGCCAUAGCAACUGCAAUCUUCAGAGCAAAUCAGACUGCCCCAUUUUAAUUUCCUGCCUCUGCAGGUUUGGCUGCUCAGGAUGGGAAUGAGCUAACUUGCACAGUGAUUCCUUUGGCAUUGCUCAACAUCAUACAGUUCUACUGUUGUCUCAGUAACAUUAGGUGACAGGGUGGGAGACCCCAGAGGUUUUGAAAGUUGUUUUUCUUCUGUGGGAUAAGUGUGUCACGGGAAAGAUCAACAUUUCUUGUCCCUAAUUGCCCCUGAAGAUGGUGUGAACUGCCACCCUGUACUGUUGUAGUCCAUUGGUAUCUGUUGCAGUUGGUUACAAUCGAGUGGCUUGCUAGGCCAUUUCAGAGGCCAUUGAAGAUUUACCCAAAUUACUGUUGGUCGAGGGUCAUGUGCAAGUCAGGUCAAGUAAGGAUAGCUAACCUCAUCCCGCCCUCUUGACCUGUCCGUCCUCCCUGGACUGACCUAUCUCCUCCCUACCUCCCCAGCUACACUCACCUUUACUGGCUCCAUCCCCGCCGCUUUGACCUGUCUGUUUCUUCUCCUCUGUCCAUCUUCUAUCCGCCUCCCCCCCCCUCUCCCUAUUUAUUUCAGAACCCCCUUCCCCUCCCCCAUUUCUGAUGAAGGGUCUAGGCCCGAAACGUCAGCCUUUCUGCUCCUACGAUGCUGCUUGGCCUGCUGUGUUCAUCCAGCUCUGCACCUUGUUGUAGCAGAUCUCCUUCCCAUUUUGUGCACCAGAUGAAUUUUUACAGGAGUUGAUGGUCUCCAUAAUGUAGUCAUGAAGCUAUAUUUCAAUUACAGUUUUAUUAAUUGGAUUCAAAUUUCACCAGCCACUUUGGGAUUUAAACGAUUGUCCUAAGAACGUUAGCCUGAUCCUCUGAAUUACUUGUCUAGUGAAUUUACCUUCGAGUCAUACAGCAUGGAAACAGAUCCUUCGGUCCAAUUAGUCCAUGCUCAUCAUGUUCCCAAACUAAUCUAUCUUGAAUUGUAACACCCUGGCUAAUGAUGUGUAUAUUGCUGAAUUUCUUGAUCAUUUAUUGCUUAAUGUUUUACUUGUUAGACCUUGGGUUUAUUAAUCCCUUUCUCUCCAGGUAUCAGUGUCACCAAACAUACGGUUUGCCCAUGCAAGAGCUUCUCCCUGCAGCUCCUCCUAAUGCACCUUCCCUCUUUCCUUCCCUCAAAGUUGUCACCAUUUGCAAAGCAGGUGCAUUGUCCCCAUGAGGUUUUGCAGUUGAAGCCUCUGAAUCCAUUGGUUUUCUUAAAUGGUUGCUUGAAAUCUGCCAGAUAUCCAGCCAAGGUUUGAGUUUUAUUGUCAGCAGCUUCCUCGGUUGUUGCUGCUCUGCCUUGACACUCUUACUGUGGAGCAGUGGAUGGAUUCAUGGCCAUAACCACUUCUUACACCAAUUAUUGAACUUCAGGCCCAUGGUGUGUAUCCAGCUGAAUGCCAAACCAAAAUUUGGAGCCUGUGCUCUGGCUCCCACUCAUCAGAACUGUCCAGAGCAGGGUUUGAACCCUAAAUCUUCUGACUGUGCUGUGGGUGGUUUUAUUGUUAACAGUUGCUUGAGGUGUGCCAGAGCAAUUGAGGAGGAAGCCCCAGUUUUGAUCCCCUAACCUGUUGAGUUUGUUUUUAAUAUGCCCACAGAUGGGUUGCUGCAGUUGUUCUCCCAGCCCCUAAGCUGUGAAGGAGGAAAAAUACGCAGCCAGGAUUUGCGUUCUGAAUUUUUGCAGUAUUUGUAUUUUGGGCAUUAAUCAGAUCAAGCUGGGCUGCGUUGCUGCCUUGCCUCUCCAGCUUGAUAGUUUUGUCAGCAGUGUCUGGUGCCAUAAGGCUCGGCCAUCCUGGGUGAUGUGCAGAUGGUGGUGACUGUCGGGAGCAAUCUGUUACAGCGAGAGUUGGGACCUUGAGGAAAGAACUGAAAAUUAGCAAAGUGCAUUUGGCCCCUGAAGAACAAAAGGUGCUUCAGCAGUUUGUGGUGUGAGAGGAGGGGUGGGGGCGUGAUGGGGAAGAAAUCAGAAAUGACCUUGGCUUCCUAAUUAUAAAGCUGUGCUACUGUUCUUCAGUUUGUACUUUAGUUUGCUGCAGAUCCUGCUCAGAAAUUACUUGUCUUCCAGCAGAAGCAUUGGCAAAAAAACCCUCCUGAAUAUCAUCAGGACUCUGUCUCCUCCUGUUAAUUGAAAGUUAUUUUGCUUUCUUUUUUUAAAAAAAAAAGUUGGUUAUUCAAAUGAUCAGAUGUUGUGUUAAUAACAGCCAAGUGCAAAUUCAGCACUUAAACAACUUAUGAUCACAUCAUUCAAAUUAACCAACUUUGAAUUAACGGCAGAUUAAGACCAGAUAUCACCCUGUACUGACGUAGGUUUUAUGUAUUGAAUGUAUUGCUAUUUAUCUCAUCUGUUUACAAUAUUUAGAUAUUGAUGGUUUUCAAUGGAUAGAUAAAUCAGGGAAUUGUAUUUUACCAACCUCUUCAAUAAUGGUUUAUAAUUUGAGGCAAAGAAGCAUUAACUGGCAUAGGAGCCAAGUGCACAUCCAAAUCUCAAUACUCAUUUGAGCAUCUGCCUCGUCACAGUUCAAUUUGUGUUAAAACAUGUCUUGUGUUUGUGCUUAUUAAUGUGAAAGUGUGUAAGUUUGUAUGUCCAUUUAAUAUAUGAAUGUUUUACUUUGAAGAACUUUGUUCUUAUUUAACUGAUGCUUCAUGAGGGUCCAGUUGCUCCAGCUUAUUGCAAGGCUGUUUUGCUCCUCUGUCUUUGCUGCUGUUAAUUAUUUGAUGCUCAGCCAGGCCUUUGGGUGUAGCACCUCCUCUUGAUCUUUUUACCUUAGUAAUGGGCACGUUGUUCAAUCACAUGGCUCCUUGUCACUGAUUUCUUGCCAUGAUGGUUUAAUCAUUAAGAGGAGUAAUCUUCCCAUUGCAUUAUAUUGUUCGGAAUGAUUGAAGGUUUGAAGUAUUGCCUGUCUUGUCCUGAUUCAGGGGUACCUUCUCUCAGCUGGUUAUGAAGUGGCAUGAGCUGGUGCUUCACCCGUGCUUAUUUUAGGAAACUGAAAGUGAUGGUUAUAGCCAAGGACUUGAAAACUUGGCAUCUGGGUUGGCCAAUGGGAAAUGUACCCUAAACAAAUGCACUGGUGCAUAUAAUAAAGUGGAAUGGCCAUCUGCAGCCUUCCUUCAAGUUGCUAUCUACAGCUUGUUCCUGCUUUUGCACCUGCAUUGAUAGCUUUUUGGACUAUUGCCACAACCUCCUGCCCUCUUGCUGUGCACUAGGUGGAAGUGUUGAGUUGGUGAGUAACAAGAGAUUCUUUCCUGAAUUCUUUUACCGUUCCCUCCAAGGAAUACUCCUGAUCCUCACUUGCGGGUUAGGACACCAUAUAUGCAGCAAGGAAUAAUUGACCUUUGGCCUGCUGAAGCUCUCACCUUUUUGAGUAGUUCCAGUAUUUACAGUUCUAAUUGCUACCACUAGAGGCUGCUGUAAUGUCACUGCCAGCAACAACUGGUUCAGUUUGUAGGCAGCCCCCUUGGAGGUUCUCCUGACAUAGAACUUUGGACGAGGCACAGUAUGGGGGCCCAAGCUUUCCUGGCAUAAAUGAAGAAUGUGUUGGCUCAUACAAGUUCAUGAAAGUUACAUUUGCCCAUCUGUAGAAUACUGUUCAUAAACCUUUGGUCAAAACUUUAAUUUUUUUAAAAAGAUACAAACAUUUAGUGCAGGAGGAAAAAGAAUACAGUUUUCCCCAGCACAUUAGGAUUAAAUCUACUGUGGAAACAUGAACGUCCGUAGAUGUGUCCGAAAUAUUAAUUGAUGAUCAAUAAAUAGGCAGCAUUUUGGAGGCAGUUUUCUUGAACUAUCAUCCUGUAACUACAUUUUAUUUGUACUAACAUAGGAAAUGAACACAGUGUUGGAAUUUGAUGAGCUGAGUGUUGGAAUCUAAAUAAAAAUUAGUGGGGGUGAUUAGCUGAUGAUUCAAUCUCCAACAGCUCUUUUACAUUAUCCACUAUUUCAGAAAAGAACCCAUGCAAUAGACUACAGAACAGCCCUGUUGGUAUUCCCAUGCCAUAAGGUUUUCUUUUGAAAUGUUUAAAUGAUGCAUUAAAUUUGCCAAUCCUGUUCUAGAUUUCCAGCCUCAUUUGGACCCAGCACCUGUGUGGUAUCACACUCAAUAUCAGAGUUCACUUUGCAGUCAUGUUUCCUGACUGACUGGAGGGGACAUAAGGGAGGAGGUACCUGAGUUAGUUGCCAUUAGCUUGCAUCUUAUGGAAAGCCUUUAUCCAAUCCAUCUAUGAAGAAGUAGUUUCAGAGCGCAAUUGAAGUUUGCAACCAUGCUACUCUUGCAGGAGCUGCCCAGUUUAUCCACAGUCCUUGUACAGACAGAAAAGUGCAGGCAACUUAUCUGUUAUCUACAUCCAGUAGCACAAAUGGCACUUAUUGAUCUUGUAACCAGCUGCUGGGAGCCAUCCUGACUGAAUUUUGCUUUAUUGCCUUGCUGUGAGCGAUCAGGCCACUUCUGUCUUGACAUGUUUGUGUUUUUUAAAAAACACAAUGUACAUUCUGUGUCAUCUGAUAAUUGAUCUGGUCCUGCCUUUCCAAGGCAUUUUAAGUUUUUUGCAACGCCACAAUGUUUUGUCAUUGUAUAAACCAUUUACCAAUUUGUUCCUUCCUUAUGACCGGGCAUAUUUUAAACACUAGUUGCUUUACUAAAUUGUUUUGCUUUUCUAAGAAAAAAAAAUUGCACAAAGUGCAAUUGCUGCUGUCCCUUAUUUUCGUUGAGAAAAGAUUUUUAAAAUUUUGCACAGCAAAUGUUUCUGCAGGUUGUUUUCAUACAUGUAUGUAGGUUCCAUUUCAAAUGUCAAUAAAGUUUUUUUUUU